GAACAGAGCCACGGAAUGGUGUUGCUGGUGCUACUGCAGUCCUUCUUCCUACAUGCCAUCAUAACUCCGUACAACUUGAUUACUAUGUAUGCUGAAACCAGCAGUAUAUAUUUCAUAGCGAUACAGGUGUCGUGGUUCUGUUUCCACGCCUGCAAUGUGGUGCUCAUUGUGGAGCCCUGCCAUCAGAUGCAAUUAGAGAUGGACACGACGCGAGAGCUGGUGAGUCGGCUCGUGCGCAGGUCGGACGCGGCGCUCAGUCGGGCCCUGCAAGUGUUCUACCGGGUGCUCACGCUGAACCAGCCCGUGGUCGCGCCUCUGGGCGUGUGCGUGCUCGGCCGCCCCCUCGUAGUCUCGGUUUGUUUACACAUUACGCAAGGACAAAAUAAAACGCCUUUUCUAAUACAUUACUGUUUAAUUUUAUCACUCGCUUAAGUUUAUACAAUGUUAAACACGCGAUUCCCUAAUGCCGAUUGAUAACGCAGCUGUAUAAGUUAUGACGUUUUUACAUUUUCCAGAUGCUGGGAGCGGUUACCACUUACCUCGUCAUUAUUUUACAAUUUAAAGCUAGCGAUGAACUUUUAUAGAUAAUAGAAAGAGGAAUUAACAAGC